UCAAGUUUUUCCUUUCAAGGUUAAUUAAUGUUUCCAUAAAUAAAUUGAUAAUUAGGCCAACAGCCUAUUAAACCCUAACGCAGACGCGAGAUAGGAGAGGUGCUUAACUUGUACAGUAUUAGAUUCUAUCUCUUCUUGUGUUCUAACUCUUCUACCGAGACCUUCUGUACUUCCAGGAUGAAUCCUAGCGAUCUCCUUUCGUGUAAGCCACGGCUGUUCUCUUAUUAAUUCAAACCACACGCGGCCCUCGGGGGUUACACGCUUCCAUCAUACUCCCUCCGUCCCAAAACAGCGAUUCCGAUGUCGCCCUUCGGGAAGUUCUUGUUCUGCUUGACCUUGUUCGCCGCCUGGCGCCUCAGCUCGACCCUGUUCGCCGAGGCACCUCCAGCUCCUGGUGUCGACUCCGCGUCCAGAAACGCAUCGUGCGUGGCCCUCGCCAGGGAGGCCGGCGUCCGGGCGGAAGGCGGCACGGGGAGCAACUUCGUCAUGUCGCCGCUGUCCAUCCACGCGGCGCUCGCGAAGGUGGCCGCCGGCGCGCGGGGCGACACGCUUAACGAGCUCCUGCGGUUCCUUGGGUCGGCGUCGCUCAACGAGCUACACCGCGCGGCGGCGACCAAGCUCGUCGGCAGGCUCAACGGCAUAGCGCAGACGUCCUUCGCCAGCGGCGUGUGGGUGGACCGGAUGCUGGCGCUCAAGCCAGAGUUCACGGCCAUCGCCGCGUCGCGGUACAACGCCACGGCAGAAUCCGUGGACUUCGUGUCGGAGGCCGAGCACGCGAGGCAGCGCGUGAACGCUUUCGUGGCGGACGCGACCAACAAGCAAAUCCUCGAAGUCCUGCCUCCGGGCUCCGUCGACUCCCGCACGGCGGUCGUCCUCGCCAACGCGCUCUACUUCAAAGGGGCGUGGACACAGCCGUUCGACGUCUCUACCGCGCCGUUCCACAUCCCAGGCGGCACCACCGUGCGCGUGCCAUCCAUGACGACAAGCGAGUCACAGCACAUCGCGGUCUACCCGGGCUUCAGGGCCCUCAAGCUGCCGUACAAGAACGACGUGCAGCAGCAAGCUGAAUUCUACAUGCUUAUCCUACUACCGGACAGGGACACUGUUACUCUCGCCGAUCUGUAUGACAAGGCCGUGUCGACGCCAGAGUUCAUCAAGACGCACACGCCGACAGGGAAGGUUCCAGUCGGGCAGUUCAUGGUCCCAAAGUUCAAGUUCACGUCCAAGUUCGAAGCGUCAUCCGACAUGCGGAAGCUUGGUGUCACUAGGGCUUUCGAAGGCGGCGACUUCUCGGGCAUGAUGACCGGCGGGGAAGGGCUUUCCAUCAACGGGGUGUACCACAAGGCCACUAUCGAGGUGGACGAGGUUGGCACCGUGGCCGCCACUGCCACGGCCAUCGUCGAGUUUGGUAGUGCAGGACCGGGGCAUGGGGUAGAUUUUGUGGCGGAUCGGCCUUUCUUAUUUGCCGUGGUAGAGGAGGGGACAGACGCAGUGUUGUUUCUUGGUCACGUGGCUAAUCCUCUCGCUCAUUAAAUGAAUAAAUAAUUAUUCUGUAAAUUUGUUCGCCGGUCAUGUGAUUAAUCGUGCCACCACCUUCGUGAUGCGCAGGACAUGCCACAAUGCUAUCUCUCGCGACCGUUAGGCCAUAUCGGCAAAAAGUGGAACCCAUGUGUCAUCAACGUGCUCAAUAUUCUCAUCCGUCGAUCAGUGGUUUAGGCAAAAAGUUUACCGUAAACAUACUGUUUUUGCCAAACAAAAUCGUAAAGUCAGCCUUCAAUGUGGUGGUUUUGUGCUGUUAAC